AUGGCAAGACGACUAACCCGGAAUUCCCAAGUCACUCCCACUAAUGAACCAACCGACCAUAACCAAACCAUCCAUAACCUCUCGAACCUUAUUCGAGAACAAGCCCAAAACCACCAAAGACAAAUUGACCAACUUCUCCGACGAAACCAUCCUCCUCCGCCUCCUCCUGAAGCAGCACCUGACGCCAUUUACGAACGAUUCCUCAAAAUGAAUCCCUCCGAAUUUCAUGGUGGAACCGAUCCGACAAUAGCCGAAGAAUGGGUCAAAUCCUUAGAAGUGAUCUACGACUACAUGCAAAUGGCCGAUCGUGACCGUGUACAUUGCGCUCUUUUCUUACUUCAAAACGAAGCUCGUCACUGGUGGGAAGGAUUCAAAGAAGGAGUGGACCUCGACACUAUACAAUGGACCGACUUCAAACUACAAUUCUUCGAAAAAUAUUUCUCCAAAGACGUACGUGCCCACAAACUGAAGGAAUUUCUAGAACUUCGUCAAGGAGAACUGCCAAUGCUCGAGUACAUCCGUCGCUGCGAAAGUGGCUGUCUCUACGCCCCAUUCAUCGCUCGAGACCCCGAAGAGAAAAAGAAUCACUUUAUUCGUGGCCUACAACCGGAGAUCCGACGAGAUAUCCGCAUGUCCGAUGCCUCGACUUUCAGACAACUAGUGGACAAAGCCCUGAUGGCAGCCCAAGACGAAAAGGAGAUCCAACAGAAUCGUUAA